GGAGAAGUGGGGAGGGGUUUAUUUGUCAGCCAUGUUGCUGAAGGCACACGCAGGCGACGGGAGCUCCGGGAUGGUCGGUUCUGGGGAUCCUCACCCGCCAUAUUAAUAAAGAGCCCGGGCGGGGUGAGCCCUGCACGCCCCCUCUUCACCACCGAGCGCCCUGGGUCGGCUUCGUGCGUGCUCGGCCGCAGGCUUGGGAGCGGGAAAUGCCGACCAAUUGCGCCGCGGCGGGCUGUGCUACCACCUACAACAAACACAUUAACAUCAGCUUCCACAGGUUUCCUUUGGAUCCUAAAAGAAGAAAGGAAUGGAUUCGCCUGGUUAGGCGCAAAAAUUUUGUGCCAGGAAAACAUACUUUUCUUUGUUCAAAGCACUUUGAAGCCUCUUGUUUUGACCUAACAGGACAGACUCGACGACUAAAAAUGGAUGCUGUUCCAACCAUUUUUGAUUUUUGUACCCAUAUUAAGUCUAUGAAACUCAAGUCAAAGAAGCUUUUGAAGAAAAACAAUAGUUGUACUUCAUCUGGACCAUCUAAUUUAAAAUCAAACCUAAGUAAUCAACAAGUACUACUUGAACACAGUUAUGCCUUUAGGAAUCCAAUGGAAGCCAAAAGGAGGAUAAUUAAACUGGAAAAAGAAAUAGCAAGCUUGAGGAGAAAAAUGAAAACUUGCCUACAGAAAGAACGUAGAGCAACUCAUAGAUGGAUUCAAGCCACAUGCUUGGUGAAGAAUUUAGAAGCUAAUAACCUAUUACCUAGGGGCACAUCAGAAUACAUCUUACCAACUGCCUUAAAUAGUCUUCCCUUGGAGGAUUUCAAGAUUCUCGAACAAGAGCAGCAAGAUAAAACACUGGCAGUCAUCUAAAUCUGACACAGAUAAAGGGCACUGUCACCUAAGUUUAGCUUGGACAGAACUUGAUGUUCAUCCUUCAUUCUUUUUGGAGGCAAAGCUAUUUAAGGUAAUUAUUAAGAACGUUUUAUUUGAAGUAACAUUACUGUACAGCUUAUGAAUACUUGAUUACAAAAUAUUCAAAACCUUUUUAUGAGACUUUAUUUGAAAAUUAUUGGAAGUGCCUUACGUUAGAAUUACAUGGACAGUUUUGCUAGGAAAUUGUGU